AUGACGUUGCCCCCAGCGUUGGCAGGGGCCGGGCCUCGGCGUGGCAGCAUGCCCCUGCCCAUCAAGCACCAGCUGGUGAGAGCAUCAGCAGUGGACGAGCUGGACUCUCCUCCGAGUUCCCCAGAGGUGAGCAGCCAUGGCGGAGCGAGUCCGGCGGGGGGCCGAGGCCCGUACAAAGUCAUGCUGCUUGGCGAGAGCGGAGUGGGCAAGACGGCCUUGGCUGCCAUCUUCGGGGGCCUGAAAGGAGUCGCCCAUCACGAGGAGGACCAUACAGAAGAUUCCUACGAAAGAAGGUUCUGUGUGGAUGAUGCAGAAGUCACCCUUAUAUUGUAUGAUAUCUGGGAUCAGGGAGACCCUGGAGGAUGGAUGCAAGAAUCUUGUCUCCAGACGGGCGACGCCUUCCUGGUGGUGUUCUCAGUGACCGAUCGGCGCAGCUUCACCAGGGUCCCCCCCACCCUCCUGCGCCUGCGGGCAGGGAGUCCUCGCACCGAUCCCCCCAUUAUCCUGGUGGGGAACAAGAGUGACCUGGCCCGUUCCCGGGAAGUCUCCCGCGAAGAAGGCCGCAGCCUGGCAGUGAUGAUGAACUGCAAGCACAUUGAGACCUCUGCAGCCUUGCAUCACAACACAGAGGAGCUGUUUGAAGGGGUCGUGCGCCAGAUCCGCCUGCGCCGCUGUCGGCGGGAGGGGGAUUCCCUGAGCAGGCAGGGGGCCGUCGGCCGUCGCGAAAGCCUCACCAAAAAAGCCAAGCGGUUCCUCUCUAGCCUGGUGCCCCGCAACGGACGCUUCUUCAAGCAGAGGUCAAAAUCCUGCAAUGACCUCUCAGUGCUAUGAGUCUCCAGCCUCCUGAAGACCCCAGAAAUUUCUCCAAGGAAACAGAAACCAUUUCUUGCUUCUCCCAUCCCCAA